AUGGCACCCCUGCAGCGUGACCGCGAUAAGCUAGCCCGUAUGGAGCAAGCAGUUCGGACAUUAUUACAAGGUCUUGGAGAGGAUGUUGAUCGGGAAGGCCUGCGUGAUACUCCAAAGAGGGUUGCGAAGGCGCUAUUGGACUGUACACAAGGGUAUCACCAGGACACGUCAAGGUCGCUUUUCCACGAGCCUCUUGUGCAUCAAGGCGGGGAGGGCAUCGUUGUAGUUCGGGAUAUUGACUUUGCGUCGACCAGCGAGGAGACGCUCCUACCUUUCCAUGGCCGCUGCCAUGUGGCCUAUCGCCCUAAAGGCGGCGUUGUGUUGGGGCUCAGUAAGCUGGCGCGCCUCACGAAGCAAUACGCCAAACGACUCCAAACGCAGCAGCGACUUGCGGCGUCCAUAGCGCUGGCGCUGCAGCACAGUCUGGAGUGCCACGGCGUUGCCUCGCGUGGUGGUGGGGUGAUGGUGGUGUGCGAUGCCGCGCACAUGUGCAUGGUUGCUCGCGGAGUAGAGAACCACAGCGGCAGCACAACGACGUUUGCGGUACGCGGUGUGUUUGCGAGGCGGCCGGAGCUGCGGCGCGCGGUGCUGAGGCUGUUUCGGGAACAUAGGUGA